CUUUGUGAUCCUUAAAUUGGAUUUCAACAGCUCCUUAUAAGGUUCAGCAAAGCAAGAGAGCUUCAUUGAAAACUGCCCUCUCCAAGAAGUCCUUGGUAGCAGUUUUUAAGAGACUGCUUAGCUUAUCUUAGCUCAAGUUUGUCACCAACUCAUCUUGAUUUUCGCAUAAACACACUCUCCAUUACAGUUUCCCUGAGAAGUCGGCCUAAGCUUCGGGGGCAGGCUCCUUCUCAGGAAGCAGAUAUUUGCGUUUGCAUUAAGUGAAACUGUACUGCGAACUAAUUCUCUUCAGAGUUUCCUGUUCAGUAUCUGCUUCACAGCUUGAGGUCUUCUGCUGUUUACAUUAAAUAGUCUUUGAAAUUAUCAUUAAUGGGUCUGGUUUAGUUUCCCCAGCAGCUUCUAGUUUUUUGAGAAUAAACUGUACUUGGAGUUUCAGCCCUUCAGGUUUCUGAACACAAGAACACCUACUUCUAAGUUCACUUCAUAUAGAUUUACAGUGUACUUUUCCCUCUUCUACUCUCUCUAGAUUAACUAAUUAAGGCUUCAGGGAAAGGGAUAGAGAGAUUGAAGAGGAUCAUGGAAGAAAAGCAUGAUGUUGAUAAGAUUGAUGAUGUGAUGUUGCCUGGAUUUCGGUUUCAUCCAACUGAUGAGGAACUUGUUGGUUUUUACCUGAAGAGAAAGAUAAAACAGCAAACUCUGCCUAUUGAAUUGAUUAAGCAAGUGGAUAUCUACAAAUAUGAUCCCUGGGAUCUUCCAAAAGAGCUGGUGACUGCAGGGGAAAAAGAGUGGUAUUUUUACUGUCCAAGAGAUCGUAAAUACAGGAACAGUGCAAGGCCAAAUCGGGUCACGGGAGCUGGGUUUUGGAAGGCAACCGGAACAGACCGUCCUAUUUACUCCUCUGAUGGAACCAAGUGCAUAGGUUUGAAGAAGUCUCUGGUUUUCUACAGAGGUAGAGCUGCCAAAGGGAUCAAGACUGACUGGAUGAUGCAUGAGUUUCGACUACCCACUCUUGCAGAGCCAUCACCUUCAAAGAAGUUCCUAGACAAAAGCCUUCCUCCAAAUGAUGCGUGGGCUAUUUGCAGGAUAUUCAAAAAAACCAACUCUAUGGCACAAAGAGCUCUUAAUCACUCCUGGAUCUCCCAGUUAUCAGAUGCUACAGCACCUGAUAUACUCAACCACGGACCACAAAGCACUCAGUUCAUUUCAGAGAACAUUUCUUGCACCACUGAAAUUGGAUCAGUUUUCCAAAUAUGCUCUAACGAUUUACAACAAGCCUCUUCUGCAAACUUCUCUGCUUUAGAUAUAUCCUCCUACAAACCUAUUACACCUACUGUUGACAAGUCAUCUCUAUUUCCUGUUUCAAAUGGAGACCUAUCCAACAACUUCAUGUUUUCGCCAAUUGAAAUGUCAGCUCCUGCCAAGUGUACAGUUGAUGCUCCUAUGCUAUACUUAAUUGGUGAUGUUAGUAAACCUUCAGAAAGUAUACACUAUGAAGGGUCACAGCACCAGUUCAAUGAUUUCUCAAUCAGUUUGCACCAAGAUACACAAGGUACUGUGGGAGCAGAAGAAGAUGAAACAGGCUUGAGGAAGAAUCCUAGUGGAGUUCACGAUAAUAGCCAGUGGGCGACUAUGCGAUCCAUUGGAUUUCCCUUCAGUUUGCCCUUAAAUCUUCCAGAUGCCUGGAAGUCUAAUCUGCCAUGGGAUUCACCGCCCUGUCCUAGUGAGAUGUCAUCCACUUACUCCACAAAAAAAUGAUAUACUUGAAUCCUUUUAACUAGAGAGGAAAUGGGAUUUAAGUAUAGCAUAUUGUUUGUAUAUCCUGAUUUGGGUAAAUAGUUGGAGCUAGAUUCUAAAUAUAUCCUGUUUACCAUGUUUUGUACAGUUUUGAUAUAUUCCAAUCGUAUGCG